UCAUGCAAGUGCACCUCACCUUCAUAUGGACUGAAGUUUUUUAAUACCUGCCAAUAUAUUAAUCCACUGAUGACGUGGCGACUAUAACAAGUAGGACUUUUUCAAUUUUUGGUAAUAUUUCCAGCAAUUUUUUGCGAUAAAGAAAUCUAUCAAUUAGUAAUUUAGUAUGUAUUAAGUAACUACUAAAGAAAUGCCAAUUGUUGAGAGUUGGUAAUAUUUGACAGAGGUAUACUGACUUGGUAAAAGCAUCACAAAUAGGCUAUCGCUGAGUAUUAAAAAAUGGGAGUAAUUGCUAAACAUUAAUAAGUUGUUUGUCUAAGAAGCCAAAGCAGAAUCAUAUAUGCAUCCACACACUUCAAAACUUUUUAAGAGUAUAUUGUCCAAAAUCAAAGUUAAUGGCUAUUCAAGUGUCUCUUCAAACAAUUCGUGAUUUGCUGAUUGAAGAAGGCAGAUUUCUAUAUAGUGUAAGCGAUGAGGUGAAGAAAGUCGAGAGGGAGCUCAAAACCAUCCAUUGCAUCUUGAUGGAUGCUGACAAAUGGCGAGAUAGAUGCAAGGCUGCAAUUUUAGGUGAUUGGAUGGCUGAGCUCGAUGAACUGGCUUCAAGAGCUGAGUAUGUGCUCGAAAGAUAUGCUAUUGAAGUCACAUCCAGAAGAGGUGGAAACCUGUUGAAAAAGUUCAAAAGGUUCAGCUGCAUAUUCCGCGAGUGCGUAACGAGCCAUGAGGUUGGGGAGGAGAUUGAAUCCAUUAGAUCAAGCCUGAGCAUUCUCACGGGGAGGUUGCAAAUGAUAGUCCCCGAUUGGAGAUCCUCGAAUCCAACGGACGAUCACCAAUAUUAUUCGAGACUAGCUUUCGAGCACGACUUUGAACAACAUUUUGUUGGUAUGGAGAAAGACAUAGCGUCUCUGGUGUCACUGGUGAAGAAUAAACAGAUUCCCGUGAUUUCAAUUUAUGGAAUGGGAGGCCUUGGGAAGACCACUCUUGCCAGAAAAAUUUACCAUCACAAGGACCUGAUAACUUGUUUCGAAGCUCGUGCCUGGGUUUGCAGUACACAACAGUUUCAACCCAAGACUGUUUUAAGCCAAAUUCUGAAGCAACUUCCUCUUGAUGAAGAUAAUGAAUGGAUCAACUACCUGGAACUCGCUGAAUUGGUGGUGAAACUUCAUAAUUUUCUAAUGCAGAAAAGAUGUCUCAUUGUGAUUGAUGAUAUAUGGGAGUCUGCUCACUGGAACAUCUUAGAGCCAGCUUUUCCGAAAGCGAGUGAUAUAUGUAAAGUUAUACUUACCACUCGCAACAGAGAAGUUUCUCCUCGAAAAUUUUGUCUUUACGAACUCCGUUUUCUCACUGAAGAUGAAGGUUGGGAGUUACUUCAUAAACUAGCAUUUACCGGAGGUCAGUUUCUGCCAUCCGACCUCGAAUACUAUUUAUUGUAUUUGAUAUCUUGCAUUAUUGCUUAUUUUUUUGCAUUCAUCGACAUCCCUGUUUUCAUCCUACUGUUGGAAACCCUUAUAUUAGAAACACUAGAAAAUAUUUUCAGCCAAUUUUUUGUCUUGGUCUUCCAUCAUGCAGAGCCGCCUCAAGCUGAACAAAAUUCAGGGGAAACCUCUUUACAUACUGCCGAGCUUGGGAUUGAAGAAAGCCCACCCGCAAUGUAUCACCAUGCCGAGCGCGAAACGGAACAAAGUCCACUAGAAGCUAUUGGAAGACAAAUGGUCCAAAAAUGCGGUGGUCUACCACUAGCAAUUACAGUUCUUGGAGGGAUUUUGUGCGAAAAACAAACAUCGAGCGAGUGGAAGAGGGUCAACGAAGAUGUUGAUUUAUAUUUAAAGCGUGGGGAUGAAAAAGUGAAACAGGUAUUGGACUUGAGCUACGAUGCCUUACCUUACUAUUUGAAGCCGUGCUUCCUCUAUUUAGGAUGUUUCCCCGAGGAUCAAGAAAUAGAUACAGAAAGAUUGUAUUUAUUGUGGAUGGCGGAAGGCCUUAUUUCUUCGGAAGAAAAAGGAAGAAAAGAAACUUUGAGGGACGUGGCUGAACGUUAUUUGAAUGAACUAGCAUCUCGAAGUAUGGUUCAAGUACGAAAGCAUGAAUAUUGUUCCAGUGCGUAUAAUACAUUCAAAUCAUGUCGCCUUCAUGAUCUGAUCCGUGAUCUUUGUUUGUCAAAGGGAAAGGAAAAAGGUUUUCUCAAGCUCAUUGAUCAAACAAACUAUGCUCCCAUUCAUGAUGCGAGCAGAUUAGCCAUUCAUUGUGAUGGGACUGCACACGUGGAUAAUAACUAUUUCAACAAGAGAGAAGAAAUGAACCUGAGAUCUUUUCUAUUCCUCUUUAAAGGAUGGCGCCGUAGAUUGCUAGUGAUUGGUUCUAAAGGCAGUGCAAUCGAUUUCUACAAGUUGAAACGUCUCAGGAUUCUUGCUCUGGAAAAUGGUGAAUUUAUAUUAUCUAAAAAGGUAGGUAAUCUAAUCCAUCUGAGAUACUUGAGUUUGUAUAAGAGGCAUGUGGAAGAGCUACCAUUGUCAGUUUUCAACUUGCCAUAUCUGCAGACAUUGGAUUUGAGAAUGACAGUGCAAAUAAAGGUGCCAAAUGUGAUUUGUAAGAUGAAAAGACUGAAGCAUUUGCUUCUCAAACGAAUACAAGUCGUUGGAGAAUACGGAGACCAACUGAUUCUGGAUGGGUUGGAGGAGUUGGAGACCUUACGAGAUGAGUCACAUCCUUCAUGUGUUCGCUUUGCAGACAUCCCCAAAUUAACAAAUUUGCUAAAUCUGAAAAUUGAAGUUGGUACUAAUGUUGAACUCUCAAUCAUUGCCCACUGCAUGAGCUGCGGAAAUACCCAACUACGCGAGGCACAUCUUUGUAUUUCGAAUUGUGACUUCAAUCCAGAGAGAGGACAAAAUGAUAUGAAUUUAAGGAAGAUGUUGAUGUCUCCCUCACUCACCACUUUGAAACUCAACAACUGUACAUGUAUCAGUUUGCCACACUAUCAACAAGGAAUGUGUGCAAAUUUGAUCGACUUCACACUUUACGAGGGUGGUAGAAUCGACGGUGAUGCUUUAAUGAAAAUAUUGGGAAAGUUUCCCUUGUUAAAAAGGCUUAGCUUGUCCCAGUUAAAAUUCACCAAAGCAGAAAUAAAGUGCCUUGCAGCUUCCUUUCCACAACUCAAGUUUCUUAACCUCCAUUGCUUAUCCAAUUUAGAGAGAUGGGUGUUGGUUAAAGGAGCAAUGCCCAAUCUUUCCCGUUUGCAGAUUAGUUUGUGCGGGAGAUUGAAGAUGAUUCCUGAUGGAUUGAGAUUUAUCACUGCCCUCCAAGAAUUAAAUUCUGUGUUUAUGCCUAAAGAGUUCAACGACAGAUUACAAGUGGUCAAUGGUGAACCAAGAGAAGAUUAUCACAAAGUUUGUCACGUACCAUUUAUUACACUCUAUAACGACUCUAGAAUGGAAGGCUGUUCAAAUAGCGCGCCACACGCUUCCCGUUUUGUUCCAGACUCUGUCGAUGAUGAACCAACCACCGACAUCACCACAUGUACAACGACACCAAUCCCGUUGAAUCCAUCGUCGUCGUUGUCGGGGUUAAUUCAUCUUCUCUGGCUUUCAAUUCCUCUAUUGAGACGUCUCAUCCUACUCCUCCCCCUCACUACCCUUCAUGGAAUUGGAACUUUUGCAGAUCUGAACAGAAGCCAUAAAGAUGAUCAUGAUUUUGAGAGCGAUUCUGAAUUCGAAUGCAAGGACUGUUACAUCGGCGGCGAAAAGAGAUGA